AUGGGUGCAUACAUUUCAUAUCACAUAAUUCUAGAAUAUAUUCCAGUCUUUGUCAAACGUCAAAUGUAUGGGAAAGAUCAGUGCAAAAUAGACAAUAUUCCUAUACCUGAACCGAUUGGCGUCAUAUCAGCAGCUGUUUAUUUGAUUGUUAUGUUUUUGUUUAUUCCAUUUUCAGUCUAUGAAUGGUCGCAACUUGAGUCUUCCAUUCCACAUCAAAAAUUUUCAAUGUUCUUAUCUGCUCUAACAGCGAUUUGUUCGGCAGUUCUGUUGGGUUUUGCAGAUGAUGUUUUGGAUUUACGAUGGCGACACAAACUUUUAUUUCCGACACUUUCAUCGCUACCGUUGCUUCUUGUAUAUUAUGUGUCCGGAUCGUCAGCUACGAUUGUGUUACCUUCUUUGGUUCGGGUUUUAUUUCCUGUCUCGGAAUGCAUCGACAUUGGAAUUUUUUAUUACAUUUAUAUGGGUAUGAUGAUAGUAUUUUGCACAAAUGCAAUCAAUAUUUUGGCUGGAAUUAAUGGACUUGAAGCUGGACAAGCUUUUAUAAUAGCAGCUUCCGUUGUUAUUUUUAAUGCAGUUGAAUUAUUUCGAUUAGAUCAAUCACUUUCAUGGUAUCAUUCACUUUCCCUAUAUUUCCUAUUACCCUUUUUGGGAACGACAUCUGUUUUAUUAUAUUUCAACUGGUACCCAGCACGAAUUUUUGUUGGUGAUACGUUUUGUUAUUGGGCUGGGAUGACUUUGGCUUCAGCUUGUAUUCUUGGUCAUUUUAGCAAAACUAUGGCGCUGUUCUUAAUUCCGCAGAUUUUCAAUUUCAUAUAUUCAAUUCCUCAACUUUUCCAUCUUAUUCCUUGUCCGCGUCAUCGAUUGCCGAAGUAUGACAGCAAAUCUGAUACCGUUGAUAUGAGCACUGUUGAAUUCAAAGAAAAUGGUCAUGUUUUCAACCUCAUACCGUUAACUAAGAUAGUCCUUUAUUUUCUGGAUACGUUCAGUUUAUUAUACAAGGAAAUUAUCGAAAAGGAUGAUGUGAAGUAA